GUUUUCUUCGGAAAACUGGAUCGGUAUUUCCGUCGGUAUAACAUUCCCAGCGAGGAAUGGGCGGAAAUAGCGUUGGAACAAUUGGAAGGCAAAGCGGAAAAAUUGUUUGCUCAUUGGCGACACUUGAACAUUCGUUACGACGAUGUCCGUACACGAAUUUUAAAAGAAUUUGAUUCACCUGAAAAGCAUUGCGCCAAAUUGUUUGGUGAAGCGCAAAAAUCCGAGCCAACCGAGAUAUUUAUUGCUGCCAAAGAAGGUCUGUUUGGACGGAUCGCUCCGACCACGUCUCCACGUGAACGUGUCGUACAAGUGACAGCACUUUUACGACCGGAGCUGAGGAUGAUGCUGCGAGCUGUGCCAGUGAGCACAUUAGCCGAGCUGUCCAACGUGGCGACCGAGAUUGAGAGCGACUAUGCGAAUUUGCAAGCUGGUGCUUUGGGAGGAAAGGCGGCCCAGUCCUCUUCUGCGAAAAAAUAGGUCGGCCAGUCACGAAAUUCCGACCAACCACCUAGACAGCCAAAGUGUUGGACUUGCGAAGGAGCACAUCAGCAGAACCAAUGUCCGCUGAAGCAACCCAAAGGGACGAAUUUUCAACGUCCAAAUCUUAACCCCAACCAAAAGCAGUCUGAGAACAAGUCAUUUCCUAGGCAGAACCCUCCAGAGAGAGUGGCUGCCCAGUCGGAAAUGAGGACAAAGGGCCGGCAGAGCCCUGCGUCAAAAGGGCGGUCUAGUACGACUGAUUCCACCCGUAGCGGGGGACGCCCUAAAAACCAUUGCCGUAGGUGUACUCCUCCGAGAGAGGAGGAUACACAGAUGAGAUGGCCAAGGCAUACUCCUCCAAGGGAGGAGGCUAUGCAAGCGGAAAUCUGGACAAGGGGUCAAAAGAGCCAUAAGUCUGAAGGGCGGUCAAUGCAGACUUUAUCGCCUCAUGAAGAGGGACGCCCAAAACAUACACAAAAAGCUCCCGAAAAGCAGAGUCCUCCAGCGUGA